CUUUCAAUAAGCCACAUUGUUGCACGAAACUCCAGCUCUAGAGUCCCGGGCCACUAGCAACGCGGUGUCACUCAGCUAAGAAGAUUCGCUCGCUGGGGCAUCGUGCGAGCGAGCCGGAGUGGUCUGACUGCCUCAGUGGAGCCUGGCUGUGAUUCUCCCCAAGUGACCCUGUAGCUGAAGUUAGCGGCUCGACACUGGAUAACCAAACAAGUCGCCUGGAGUGAUACUUAGGCAGUUUCUAGCAACCGUGACUCUAAAAACGAGUUUCUAGAGACCCGAAACCCCACCAGCCGGCCCGCAACCGCUAUUAGCCUGCUUGGGCGCCGCCUGGGACCCCGGUUUCCCGCCAGUCAGCAGAGCCCGGGUACAAAGCGGUCGGACCGCGCCACUCUCCUGCCCCGCAAGCCUCUGCGCCUCGGUUUCCCAACUCCACGCCGUCUGGCCGCAGCAGGAUGAUCGCCUCGCAUCUGAUCGCCUGCCUCUUCACGGAGCUCAACCGUAACCAAGUGCAGAAGGUUGACCAGUACCUCUACCACAUGCGUCUCUCCGAUGAGACCCUUCUGGACAUUUCUAAGCGGUUCCGCAAGGAGAUGGAAAAGGGACUUGGGGCCACCACCCAUCCCACUGCUUCUGUGAAAAUGCUGCCCACCUUUGUGAGGUCCACCCCAGAUGGGACAGAACAUGGAGAAUUCCUGGCCCUGGACCUUGGAGGGACCAAUUUCCGUGUGCUCUGGGUAAAAGUGACAGACAACGGACUCCAGAAGGUUGAGAUGGAGAACCAGAUCUACGCCAUCCCGGAGGACAUCAUGCGAGGCAGUGGCACUCAGCUGUUCGACCACAUUGCUGAAUGCCUGGCCAACUUCAUGGAUAAGCUACAAAUCAAAGACAAGAAGCUCCCACUGGGCUUUACCUUCUCCUUCCCAUGCCACCAGACUAAACUAGAUGAGAGUUUCCUGGUCUCGUGGACCAAGGGAUUCAAAUCCAGUGGCGUGGAAGGCAAAGACAUUGUGGCUUUGAUCCGAGAGGCCAUCCGACGGAGAGGGGACUUUGAUAUUGACAUUGUAGCUGUAGUGAAUGACACAGUUGGGACCAUGAUGACCUGUGGUUAUGAUGACCAGAACUGUGAGAUUGGCCUUAUUGUGGGCACUGGCAGCAACGCCUGCUACAUGGAGGAGAUGCGCCACAUCGACAUGGUAGAGGGUGACGAGGGGCGGAUGUGUGUCAACAUGGAGUGGGGGGCCUUUGGAGACGAUGGCGCACUCAAUGACAUUCGCACCGAGUUUGACCAAGAGAUCGACAUGGGCUCCCUGAACCCUGGGAAGCAAUUGUUUGAGAAGAUGAUCAGCGGGAUGUACAUGGGGGAGCUGGUGAGGCUCAUCCUGGUGAAGAUGGCCAAGGAGGAGCUGCUGUUCCAGGGGAAGCUCAGCCCCGGGCUCCUCACCACAGGCAGCUUCGAGACCAAAGAUGUUUCGGAUAUUGAAGAGGAGAAGGAUGGCAUCCAGAGGACCCGCCAGGUCCUGCUGCGGCUGGGCCUGGAUCCCCUGCAGGAGGACUGUGUGGCCACCCGCCGCGUCUGCCAGAUCGUGUCCACACGCUCCGCCAGCCUGUGUGCAGCCACACUGGUUGCUGUGCUGCGGCGCCUCAAAGAAAACAAGGGCGAGGACCGGCUGCGCUCCACCAUCGGGGUGGAUGGCUCUGUGUACAAGAAGCAUCCUCAUUUUGCUAAGCAUCUUCACAAGGCUGUGCGGAGACUGGUACCCGACUGUGAUGUUCGCUUUCUCCGCUCUGAGGAUGGCAGUGGGAAAGGGGCCGCGAUGGUGACUGCCGUGGCUUAUCGGCUGGCUGACCAACACCGAGCCCGCCAGAAGACCCUUGAGCCUCUAAAGCUGAGCCACGAACAGCUGCUGGAGAUCAAGAGAAGGAUGAAGGUCGAAAUGGAGCGAGGUCUAAGCAAGGAGACACACACUGUUGCUCCUGUGAAGAUGCUGCCCACCUAUGUGUGUGCCACCCCCGAUGGCACAGAGAAAGGGGACUUCCUGGCCUUGGACCUUGGAGGAACAAAUUUCCGGGUCCUGCUGGUUCGUGUGCGGAAUGGGAAGCGGCGGGGAGUGGAGAUGCAUAAUAAGAUCUACUCCAUCCCACAGGAGGUCAUGCAUGGCACCGGGGAGGAGCUCUUUGACCACAUCGUCCAAUGCAUCGCUGACUUCCUGGAGUACAUGGGGAUGAAGGGUGUGUCUCUGCCUCUGGGUUUCACCUUCUCCUUCCCAUGCCAGCAGAACAGCUUGGAUGAGAGCAUUCUCCUCAAGUGGACAAAAGGCUUCAAGGCCUCUGGCUGUGAGGGUGAGGAUGUGGUCACCCUGCUGAAGGAAGCUAUCCACCGUCGAGAGGAGUUUGACCUGGACGUAGUUGCAGUGGUGAACGACACAGUGGGAACUAUGAUGACCUGUGGCUACGAAGACCCUCACUGUGAAGUCGGCCUCAUCGUUGGCACGGGCAGCAACGCCUGCUACAUGGAGGAGAUGCGUAACGUGGAGCUGGUGGACGGAGAAGAGGGGCGAAUGUGUGUCAACAUGGAGUGGGGGGCCUUUGGGGACAAUGGGUGCUUAGAUGACUUCCGCACAGAAUUCGAUGUGGCUGUGGAUGAGCUCUCCUUGAAUCCAGGCAAACAGAGGUUUGAGAAGAUGAUCAGCGGCAUGUAUCUGGGCGAGAUUGUCCGCAACAUCCUCAUCGAUUUUACUAAGCGUGGACUGCUCUUCCGUGGCCGCAUCUCGGAGCGGCUUAAGACAAGGGGAAUCUUUGAAACCAAGUUUCUGUCUCAGAUUGAGAGUGACUGCCUAGCCCUGCUGCAGGUCCGUGCCAUUCUGCAUCACUUGGGGCUUGACAGCACCUGUGACGAUAGCAUCAUCGUCAAGGAGGUGUGCACCGUGGUGGCGCGGCGGGCAGCCCAGCUCUGUGGUGCAGGCAUGGCUGCCGUGGUGGACAAGAUACGAGAAAAUCGUGGGCUGGACACCCUCAAAGUGACAGUGGGUGUGGACGGGACCCUCUACAAGCUACAUCCUCACUUUGCCAAAGUCAUGCAUCAGACAGUGAAGGAGCUGGCCCCGAAAUGUGAAGUGUGCUUCCUGGAGUCAGAGGACGGCAGCGGGAAGGGAGCGGCCCUCAUCACUGCCGUGGCCUGCCGCAUCCGUGAGGCUGGACAGCGAUAGGGUCCCUGAGAUCAUCAGGAGCAUCUCUGCUUCCCCUCUCCUUGUUUUAAAUUAUACAGUGUCUACUCCUUGUGUCAGAGACAGACCCCUUAGCUUUCCUUUGGCAGAGAGAGGACCCCAGCGGACUAGUUUUGUCUCUGAAUAUGCUCACUGUAGCGUCUGCUUCCUGAACCUUGCCUUUCCUGAGCUACAGAGUUCACUAUGGUCACAAACCGUUCCCACUGGCUGACUUUUAGAUGCAGUCCUUCGUCACGCUCUGGCCAAAUUUCGUGCCCCUGUACAAUCCUACUAGUUGGGGACCGUCCUGAAGAUGUGGUUGCCUCACCUUGGAGCCGAACGUGACAUUUCUAGAUAGAAUCUCCCUGCAUGAACAGUGAGAUGGAUUCUUCACUUAGUGGUCUAAGAGAUUUCCACUAAUGAUGUGAGCCUGCUCCUCCUGAAUGCAACUUGGAAGGGCGGAGGGGUGCCAAGGGGAAGAAAAUCUCAUGAGUAUCCCUGGGGCAUCCUUUCUUGGACAUGUUUCAGAAUGUUGCCCAGUGGAUUCCAGCAUUUACUAUUCUGGAAUCAAGGAAUUCCCCAUCCAGGCAGUGAAACCAAAGCCACGAGUUGACACAUCCUGUGAUUGGGUUUGUCUCUGCAUCUCAACUGUGGGUGUGCAGAUCCUCUGUGAGCAUUGGACCUUUGGGGAAAGGGGAACCUUAGAGUUUAUUUUUUAAUAUUUUCCUGCAAAAGUGGAAAUACUGUAUUUUCAUUUUAAUUUAUAUGUGAAACUUACUUAGUUCAUCAAGUAGGUCUGCUGUUCAUUAUGUGAUCAAUUGUAUGUAAUAUAUUUAUAUUUGUUAAUUUGUUAUAUAUAUAGAUAGCUAUACACGGUAUCCUCAGAAUUGGCUUCAUUAAUAGAUCAGUUUAGUUUAGGAGGAAAGGUAACGAUGUUGACUAGCUUCUAGAAAUACCUCAUUCGCCUGCAGGAAGAGAAGGGAAGCCUCUUUGGGGUGAGUGAAAGGCAAAGCAUCAGCUUUCUGGCUGCUCCCUCUCCUGCAGUCUUGAACAUAUAUGGAAAGCAUAAACAGAGACUAAGGCUGGGCCCAUGGAUUGAAGAAACCACAGCACCUGACUGCUCUGUCCAGAGACUUCCCUGGGGCAAUAUGACAUGGGAUGUGAACCAAAGGAAACCAAAGACAUCAUUUCAAGUAGACUCAUUGCCUGGAUGUCUUUAUUUUUAUUCUCAGGGCGGUCGGUCAUCUGUCUAACAAGAUAAAGGAAGCCACCACCAAAUUUUUAAAUAAUUCUAUCUAAUUGUCAACCUCAAACCAAAAUGAAGCAAUUAAUGAACCAAACAAAUAAAGCCUCAGGGACAACAUUUUUGGUGUGCUUGUGCCCUCCUAGCAAAUCUCUCCUUGUAAAUGUCUUGUAAAUGUUUUCUGACAAGCGUGCUUCCCUCGGCUGAGCUGGCAUUGGUCUCCAGGCCUGUUGUUUUUUAUACAUGGUAUUUAUUUCAUGGCAGAGACUGAAAUGCCACAAAAGCCUCCAGGUUUCUUUUCAAGAGUGCAGUUGAAUUUGAAUCUGAAAGCCCACUUCUGCCCCAAAAUAAAAAUAAUCAUAAACAUUAAAAAUCUUGAUAUACUAUGACAAAGGGAAUGGUUUUGUAACAUUAUUAAAUAAGAUACAGAAAAUAGAAUCAAACAGACAAAUGGGCAGAAACUCACAAUUCGGUUGUAACUUAGUUUUUGUACGUUUUCAAACUAGAGCUGAGGACAGUGUCUUGAACAAGUUGGGGUAUAAAUGAGUGAGAAUGGCCCAGAUCUUCCUGGGAAAGAAACAGGAAAGGGGACAUGGCCUCGUUUGUUGCAGCCUGGCUUUGCCUGUCUGAAGAAGCUCUGCUGCGUCCAUCUGCAGUUAUUAUCUAAAGUGUCGCUGCCUUCAAUUACAACAGAAAGUCAAAAGCCACCAAUAGACUGUCAACCACUAAAGGACAUCCAUGAAGCACAGAUGAAUUUUAACUUAAUUUUAAUGAAUUUUAACUAAAAUUACAUGUUUUAAAUGUGUGUGGCUAUUAAAGACGUGUUGUUGGUUUCUAAGCCAGAACUCUGGACACAGUGCAUGUUGACUGUGGUCCCCUGGUUGCUGCUGCCCUGUCUGGUGUAAAUAAGAGUGUACCUCAAUCUUUGCCUGGGGUGUGCCAGAUAUGCAUCACCUCAAACCCUUGAGCACUCAGUCUGGUGAAGAUGUUGUCAUUGUGUACAAUAAAGAACUAGUUGAAUUAACUAUGUGAUGUUAAAUAUUAUUAAUAAAUUUUAACCUUUUUCAAAAUA